CAGUAAUCGUACCGGCAGCCGCCUCGGUCCUCGCCGACGGAAACCAACUCAUGCGAGUGGUGGUCCCGAAAGCCCUCGCUUCCCAAAUGUUCUAUCUACUGGUAGAUCGACUUGGUGGACUUGUCAACCGACGAAUCUUUUAUUUGCCGUUUUCAAGGUCUUUGCAGAUCGACGAAUCCGGAGCUAGAGCAGUCCAGGAAAUCUUAGAACAAUGCAUGCGCGAACGUGGUAUCCUUGUCGUGCAACCCGAACACAUCCUGUCUUUCAAACUGCUGAGCGUUGAGAAGCAGCUAGAUGAUACUACGGGUAUUGCGGAACCACUAUUGCAGACUCAGCGGUGGCUCCAUUCAUACGCUCGGGAUAUCCUUGAUGAAAGUGAUGAAAUCCUGCAUGUGCGAAAUCAACUGAUCUAUGCUAUUGGUUCACAGAAACCUCUGGAGGGCUCUCCCACCCGGUGGUCGACCACCCAACAGAUACUCCAUUUGGUGAAGAAACAUGUCCCUGCGCUCCACGCGGAUUUCCCGUUUGGUGUGGAAUGCGAACCAUGUCACCAUCGCGGUGGGGCUUUUCCUCACAUUCGUAUUCUUCAUCGAGAGGCUGGCAACGAGCUAAUUUCCAGGAUUGCUCAAGAUGUCAUCGAUGGACAACUACUUAACUUCACUGGGGUGCGCGGUAUCGAGAGAACCAUAAUUCACCAUUUCAUCACCCGCAUGGACGUUGCCUGCUCUGAAGUCCAAGUAACACGGGACUACUGUGGAGGCACCGCCAUGUGGAUGACUUUGAUACAUCUACGCGGACUUCUAGCAUCUGGAAUCUUGCUAUUUGCCCUCAUGGAGCGACGAUGGCGUGUCGGCUACGGACUGGCACCUUCGCGGACCAUGCUUGCCGUCCCUUAUCGUGCGAAAGAUGUCCCAGCUCCGAGAGCAGAAUUUGGUCAUCCAGACAUUGCGAUAGUGCUCACUUGUCUCUCGUACUACUACAGUGGACUGGAUCGGGAGCAGCUGAUGUUAUGCUUCGAGCGCCUCCUGACGCUAGAUAACCCGGAACAGGAGUACGAGUCAUGGGUCCGCAAUUGCCUUGAAGUCCCCGAGAAUCUCUGUCAAAUCAGUGGCAUUAAUACUCAGUCGUUGGACCAGUGGAAUCAGUACCUUUUCCCUCUAUUCUCGCGCAAUCAAUCGACAGUAGACUUUUAUCUCUCACAAGUUGUCUUUCCGAAGGAGGCCAAGGAGUUCCCUUCGAAGCUGUCUAGCUGUGGGUGGGACCUUGCAGAGGAGCGGGAGCACGUUACCACUGGAUUUUCCGGGACAAAUGAUGCGCGUUAUUUGCUACCGACUUCCACCGUACAGCGGGACCUUCAUCACCAACGUGCUACCAAUGCAAAGGUUCUCUCCUACCUUAUGAGGCACGAGAAUGACGCAUACGUGCAAACGUCGUGGCCAGAUGGCCAGCGACGAACAGCUAGUGCAUUCCUUGCGUUUGUAGUGGAACAAACGCCAGAAAUUCGUGUGAUAUUGGACGUCGGUGCCCAGGUCCUGGAACUGAAAAACAACGAAUUCGCAGCACUCUGGUUGGAGCUGAAACCUGAUGCGCUUGCUGCCAUCUACUUCAAUGACGACGACGAGCUGACCGUGCUUUCACGCGAUGGAUCCACACAAUCAUUUUUAGAGUCACCAUAUGCAAGUCGCCUGGACGAGUGUAUUGUAUAUCUCGAUGAUGCACAUACGCGAGGCACUGACAUCAAGUUUCCGAUCGGGUUCCGUGCAGCAGUCACUUUAGGGCCCAAAGUUACCAAAGACCGCCUGACUCAAGGGUGUAUGCGCAUGCGUAAACUUGGACAUGGUCACUCUGUGGUAUUUUUCGCUCCUCUGGACGUAGACAGGAAUAUCCGCGACGCAGCUAGAAGGAGCGAUGGAGACACCAUACAUCCAUCGGACAUCUUGUUGUGGGCCAUGGGCGAAACGUGCAUGGAGAUCCAGAACAGCGCUCCCUACUGGGCUCAGCAGGGAAGAGACCACGCUUUCCGGUACCGUGCGUGGUCGAAGUUCUGUAGCGGCGAGAUAACUGCCCAAGAACUCGCCGUGACUUGGCGUCAACCAGAUGCGAAAACCCUGGAAGAAUUGUAUAUGCCGUCCGGUCCUGAGGUGCAAUCAGAACCGCCCAUUGCGGCAAUCGAUCGACAGUGCCAAGCGCUUGGCGUUUCCUCCUCGACCGUUUCUAACAUGAACGAGGAACAGGAACGAGAAAUUGUGCACGAAAUGGAACGCGAAACGCAAACAGAGCGACCACCGCCAGCGACCCCUGCAAGGCAUCAGGUCUCCGCAGAUGUCCGUCAUUUCGUGCGCACGGGCAUGAUUACCCCUUAUUCUCAGGCCUUCCUUCCCAUGUUUAAUUCAUUCCGCGAUGCCACAACACCUGCUCAAGAAGAGAAUGUGUGGUCCCAAUACAUCCUCACGACUUCUGACUACUGUAGUGUGGUGGAGGGACGCACACGGGUGAAUGUUGGUGAAUACCUCCGCCCAGUUAACUGGAUGCUCUCAAGCCAGUCAAAUGGAAACCCCGCUCUUGUCAUCCUUAGCCCGUUCGAGGUAAAAGAGUUGUUACCGGAAAUCAGAAACAGCGGAUCCGUAUGCCUUCACAUCUACACGCCACGAACCCAGGCAAGAAUGCGUCCAUGUGACGACCUGCGUCUGUACACAAUUCCUUCUGCUCGUCCUGACUGGGUUUUUUCCCCUUCACACGUCGACCAAGUAAACCUGUUCGCUGGACAGCUGUACCUGCGGGACUACGACACAUAUAUUCGCCUUUGUCGCUUUCUUUGCAUCUAUGCCGACGAUCUGGCUGGUAAAGAGAACUUGGAGGUCGAGAGCGAUGGAUUCAUAGCUCCUGAGCAUCGCCCCCUGGAGGCACAAUCGGCUGGCUCUUUCCGGAAGUCUCCACUUGCUUUCCUCAGGCAUAUCAUUAACCUGCGUCGGAGGGGGACGAACUUCGCGAUGACCCACAUGGGAAAAAUUCUGAAUGGACGGUUGUUGAAGCAGGAAGACUUCGAAGACCGCUAA